GCAUACCCAAGCGGUAAGCAUAAUCAGAUAAUACCGUUGCAACCUAUGGGACACUUGAUCAAGCCCUGCCCGAUGUUGAGACCCGGCGAAGCUGCCGAGCUCAGUCCCGGCUCUUCGCGGCCCCACUCGCUGCCGCCGUUUUCAGCAGUCUAUGAGCCAGGUGGUUCUCACUUAUUCUUGGAUUUCCAUGGAUAUCGUUACCGUGAUGAAGAACCGUGCCCAUAGACCCCGCGUCAUGCUUGAUAUAGCUCGUCGAUGCUGCCCCACAAUGGACUCAAGCCCAUCCAAAUUCAUGUCGUCAUCAAUGGCAUCGCGAGAUACAAGCACCGCGCGUGGCAUAUAAAACCGCCGACAAAUAUGCUUGGAAAUAAGGUUUCACUGAACAGAAUCAGCCAACAAGUAUCACCACAAUGGACAGUUUCCAAGACAACUUUUCCUGGUCUUUCAAGGCCAAACACCCCCUGAAGGUGAUUGUGGUGGGUGCUGGCAUCGCCGGGUUAACGGUAGCCUUGGGUUUGAAGAAGGCUGGACAUGAAGUCCUUAUCCUGGAACGAGUCCAUGAGAUCGCAGAGGUGGGUGCAGGCAUUCAAGUCGCUCCGAAUGCUGCGCGGAUACUGGGACGGCUUGGUCUUCUCGACAAAGUCAUGGACAAGGCGAAUGUGCUGGAGAAGAACUCCCUGCGCCGAUACGCGAACAAUGAGGAACUGGGAACCGCACCUUUGAUGCCUCAGGUCGGUCAAAAAUACCACGCGCCACUGGCAGUGAUCCAUCGUGGGGAUCUCCAGCGCAUUCUUCUCGACAGGGUUCGGGAUGCGAACAUCGAGUUGCGCACCAGCUCCCGGGUUGUCCGAGCGGUUGACGACUUCGAAGCCACCGUUCAGCUCGAAUCGGGCGAGUGGAUCUCUGGAGAUGUGGUGAUUGCCGCGGACGGGAUAAAGUCCGAUCUGCGCCAUCAGAUCGCAUCCCACCAUGGAGUUAAAGACAUCUGCCAACCUACCGGCGAUGCGGCCUAUCGCAUUAUGAUCCCGAAAGACAAGCUGCAGGGCGACAAGCGCGCUCUGGAGCUUCUGAACCACAACGUUGGAAUGCGCUGGAUGGGACCUGGAGGACACAUCAUGGCGUAUCCUAUCAAGAACAACACCGUGUAUAACAUGGUACUGCUUCACCCGCAGAAGCCGGGGGCCUCCAACGAGGAGAGUUGGACCAGUAAAGGCGACAAGCAGGAGAUGAUCUCCUUCUACAGCAAGUGGAAUGAUUUGGUCCGAAGUCUCUUGAGUUAUGUUCCGGACGGCGAGGUCAUGGAGUGGACUCUGAACUCGCACUUCCCCCUCCCCUCGUGGGUGGAAAACAAAUGCGUUUUGAUGGGCGAUGCGUGUCACCCGAUGCUGCCCUAUGUGGCCCAGGGUGCUGCGCAGGCAAUCGAGGAUGCUGGUGUGCUUACGUGUGCUCUGUCCAUGACCGAUUCGGUUCCCAAGGCAUUGGCGGUCUAUGAGCUGGUACGCAAGGACCGUGCCGAGCGCAUCCAGAAGAGCGCCGCAGUGACGAGGAAGGCGCUGCACCUACCUGAUGGGGAGGAGCAGGUCAAGCGAGACGAGGCCAUCCGGGGUUCGGGCAAGAACCCCGAUCUUUGGGCUGAUCCCAGCUGGCAGGACUUUAUGUGGGGCACGGAUGUUAUGAAGGACACGGUCGAGAACUGGGAUGAUCUGGUGGCGAAGACUCAUGGUUACCACGUACAUGCGGUGCAUGCAGUGGGCUAUUGAUGAAGCACUCUGUGGCUGAUGCUUGAGCAAAUGGGUACUUGUUUCAAUACAAAGAGCGGACCCAGGCAUGGAGUAUGAUCAGACAUUCAUAUAUGUACAUAUUCUUAACUCGACUUUCUUACUGGUAUGACAUACAAUGUAGAUGAUCUAUUGCCUCGAUAUCACACGUUGUCACUGUCAUUCAUGGUGAUCUAUGGAGUAGCAUGCUUACCUGUCCUGAUAUAUCGCGCAAUGUACCUGAGUAUAUAUACCGCCGCA